CAGACCGCACCUGUAAGGAAGGUGGUGGAAACCAAUCGAGCCAUUAUGCACUAGAAAUACGCGGAACAAACCAAUAAAAAGCAAGACAGAGGUGAACCAAGUGGUGAGACAUUUAGGCUAAAGUCACCAAGGAGUUUCUGGACUUUGUAAAGCUACCGAUAAGUUUAGCUCCCUUCCGCAAAGACCAUGGAUUGGAAGACUCUCCGGGACUUCCUCAGUGGGGUGAACAAGUACUCCACUGGCUUCAGCCGGAUCUGGCUGGCGGUGGUCUUUGUUUUCCGGGUGAUGGUGUUCGUGGUGGCAGCGGAACGCGUAUGGGCCGACGACCAGAAGGACUUCGACUGUGACACGCGGCAGCCUGGAUGCCCCAACGCCUGCUACGAUCACUUCUUCCCCAUCUCGCACAUCCGCCUGUGGGCCCUGCAGCUCAUCUUCGUCACCUGCCCCUCCUUCAUGGUGGUGCUGCACGUGGCAUACCGUAAGGACCGUGAGCGCAAAUACCGCGCCAAGCACGGCGAGGGCACGCGCCUCUACGACAACCUGGGCCAAAAGCACGGCGGCCUGUGGUGGACCUACCUGCUCAGUCUCUUCUUCAAGACCGGCAUGGAGAUUUGCUUCCUCUAUCUGCUACACAUCAUCUACAACAGCUUCUUCCUGCCGCGUGUCGUGAAAUGCAAACAGUGGCCAUGCCUUGGAGAAGUCAGCUGCUACAUCGGCCACCCCACGGAGAAGAACGUCUUUACCUACUUCAUGGUGGGCGCCUCUGCCCUCUGCAUCAUCCUCAACAUCAGCGAGAUCUCCUACCUGAUCUUCGUGCGCCUCCUGCGUGCGGCCCAUAGGGGGAGGCGAAGCCUUUUACGCCAAGGGUCCAAAGACAAAGAAUGCAAUGCAUGCGGCGUCUCCGCCACCCGGCUGGACUUGAAAACCGACCACCAGGUUAAAGAAAAGCAGGACUCCUCCGGUGCCUAAGGACUCUGUGGUCUCAAAAGACUCAAAAAUCUUUUCUAUUAUUUUAUUUGACUUAUUUCUGUGUAGAAACUCAGUGGCACUGCUUUAUGUUUUGCUUCCUACUUCCCUUCGUGGUUGUCCAUUGUUAAAGAGGAGAAAUGUUUCUCUGAGCUACUUUCAUCCAUACAAUAACAAACAUCUACACCCAUACACAGAAAGCUUACCUAUAUGUUUUCUAACAGAUUCAUCAAUUUACUUCAUCUUACACUGCAUUCCUGUACAAAUGCCAACAUUAACCAAAUAUUUUAGAUUUAAAUGAAAUCACACAAUAGAUUGCCUUAUGUAUAGUGAACAGAGAACCUAAAAUUCACACAAGAUAAUUUUAUCUAUUGUCAAAUGAGAAAUAUAAAAAUUCAUUUCUGCCACACCUGUAAAUGUAUUAGUUAACAAUAACAAUAAA